AUGCCGCCAUCACGUCUGUUGCAAUCCUCGUCGCGACUCGCCUCGAAGGCCAUCCGUGGCUCCUCAUCUCGAAUCUACCGACCUGCAGCGGCAGCGACGACAUGGUUCCCCGACACCACCACGCUCCCCGGCCGAUCCACCGCCACCGUCUCCUUCUUCUCGACGACCUCGCCUCGCGCCCAGGACCCAGCCGUCAACACGUCGCCCCUCUCGUCCGCCACUACCAACCCUGCAGUCACGCCCGUAGAGAUGACGGACUCGGAGUACCACGCCGUGGCGGACGAGUACCUCGACCGCGCGCUUGCCAGGUUCGAAGAGGUCCAGGACCAGUCCGACGAGAUUGACGUUGAGUACUCUUCCGGCGUCAUGACCGUCCGAGUCCCCGAGAAGGGAACAUACGUCAUCAACAAGCAGCCUCCCAACAAGCAGAUCUGGCUGUCCUCCCCCAUCUCCGGCCCCAAGCGAUACGACUGGUGCACCAUUGGCAACGGACAGGCCGACAAGGAAGGUACCGGCACCAUGGGUUGGGCGUACCUACGUGACGGUACGACGCUCAACCAGCUCAUUCUCGAGGAGUUGGGUAUGGAUCUCGACCAGCCUCUCGAUGGGUAG